CAGCGACUUUCGACUUUGUUCGUCAAGAAUCUACUUAUUCUCAGAGAAAGACCCUUGAUAAAGAUUGUCAUGGAUCUUCCGGCUGUUCUUCUGCUCAUACUGGUAGCGGUUCCCUGCACAUCUGCAAGAAAGUGUGAGAACUAUCAGUUUACCUGUGCAAAUGGAAUUUGUCUCAGUAAAUGGUACCGUUGUCGGUACGGAGAUGACUGUGGUGAUACCUCAGAUGAACAACAGUGCCACCCUGAGUGUUGGUCCUGCCGGGGCUUAAACCCUCCACCUCCCGCACAACAGUCCGGUGCUGUACCAAUUGAGCUAACCAGGAGACGGUUUCUCACGUAAAAUAUGGACCAAAUAGGGAAAACGAAGGCUGCUCCUAUCGUUAUAUCUACUGACUACGUAGGAUAUUUUCCUUCAGCUAUCAUUUGAGUUGAUGUAAUUGUUUUUGUUUGCUUGUUUUAAAUUGCAAAGUAGUAAAGCAAGUCCUAGUUAUUAAAUAUGUCUUGAUUUUGAGAUUGUUUUCUCGCUGUUUUAUACUCGAAUCAUUUACGUGGAAAUAAUAGCUCGGCGUAAGUGUCUUUUUUUGUCUUUUAUACAUUUAUCUGCUUUAUGUGUUCGCUUAUUUAAGCAUUUCUUUAUCUUAUGCCAUUUAUACUUUUCUUUAACUAUUUCAGUACAAUGAUAAUCACACUUUGUCAAAGGAAAGCCUAAAAGUUACCUGCUUAGGGCAUUUAUGUGUAUGGGCGUGGAAUCUGUUUUCGAACCCUUUUUUUUUCUUUCAAAACAAAUUGUGGACCGUCUCUAGCAUACCAAACAUUUACCAGAGACAAUUCGUAAUGUUUUUCUUAUGUCAUUUAGCGUUCAAAUUAAGUUCUGAAAACGAGUAAAGUUUGGCGUCUUUCCCAUUGCUUGGGAUUUAUUACUAAACGCAGGGGAGUAUAAAAACUACAAGUACAACGACAAGAGAAUUUAAACUCUCUUGACAACGUUUAAUGAAUGUUGGAAAAAAACAAGGGAAAACCAACUGGGUUUGCUCUUCUCAAAAUGGAAAGCAUUUAAAUACAUUUACUUAAUUUUCUGACAUUGUAUAGGAAAUAACUCAACACUUUCCUUAACUGUCUGUGCUUUGUUUUUUUUUCAACAUGGGGAUGCACGACAGUGUAAUUGCCGGUGAA